GUGUAAAUCUAGUGCCACGCCCAUUUGAAAAAGGUCUAUAAAGGACACUAGGUGAGUAUUUGGUGAGUAUUUCCCUCUAUUAUGGUGGUUGAAUCCAAUUGCAGGUACAACAAGAAGCACGACAAAUGGUACAACAAGAAGCACGACAAAUGAAAAGCCAGCACCGGGAGAGACAUGUCGGAGGCCAAGCCGCAGCUAGGGGACCUUGAUCUUGGGCUAUACGAGCUCACGUGGUCCGAAGUGAUCAGUAUGUCCGUUCAGCUGGGUAUGGACUUCGCCGUGCUGCGGAAGAUCGACGAGUCGACGAACCCAAACAUCCGUGUACUGACGGCCAUGGAUUCCUGGCUCAAAUCUGACCCCAACGCCUCCUGGAAUAAAGUCGUGAGAGCCCUGAAAGCCAUCAAGAAGGACGUUUUGGCACAGCGGCUGGAGAAUACGUACGACAUGACGGCGCCCGCUGGUCCUUCCGCGGCGGUUACCGAUGAUGGUGCCCCCGGCUCGUUCAGUCCACCACGACCCCCCGGUACCCAACACUCUUCCGUUAGUACUUCUGCCACUCCUCAGGCCUCUGCAGAUCAGGGACUGCUGACGGUAAUGUACGAGGCGCUGAUUCCGGCACAGAACAGCUCCCGUUUCCUGGGCCUCAAACUGGGGCUCCCUCCACACGCUGUCGAGGCCAUUCACUCCCAGCACCGCAACCCAAAGGAUUGCCUUCUCCAGGUGCUCACGGAGUUUCUGAAGCAAGUCGACCCUGACGAGGCUUGGUCCACCGUCGUGGCUGCUCUCAGAAGUCGCGCUGUAAAUCUCCCUCGUCUAGCAAUCGAAAUUGAAGCCCAGUACUGCACCUCUCCUUCCUCACAUCCCUCCUCUUCUCCAUCUUCACUGUCUUCCCUGCUGCUGACGUCUCAAGGAGAUCAAACGUGCUCUGCAUCGAGACCGACCAUCACACAAGUAGAACCGGCAUCUCCCACGGGUCCUGCGCGAUCAGAUACUCCGACAUUACCAAAACUGAUGCGAUUUCCGAAAAAGUCCGGCGGGCACUUUAAUAUCAUCACGUGCAUUGGACCCAAUCAUCGCAUGUUUGGCAUAUUUCUCCUGGACGACGAGAGGGGGGAAAUAACUGACGCCAUGUUCCAGUCGGAACUGGGAAGACCUGAUGCAAUCCUUCAGAAGAUAUUCUCCAGAUGGUUGCAGGGUACGGGAAGGGCUCCGCGCUCAUGGGAGACACUGGUUACGGUUCUCGAAGAAAUGGGAGUCGUUGGCGAGCUAGCAUCCACUGUUAGAGAAAACCUCAGAUAACCUCCUUCAUCAAACCUCCUUUGUGCAUGCGACUGCCAUGUUUUGUACAGUUUUAAAGCAACUACUCCUUAAUCACUAAGUACGGUAGUACUUAGUAUAUAGGGAUGGUAUUAUCUCCUGUAUUAUGUGUGGGUAUUAUAUAUAAUUAUGAUCACUGUAGUUUUAAAGAAAAGGUUUUGUACAUAUUAUUAUACUGUAGAAAAGAUAGGGAACAAAUUGCUGGAUAAAAAACAUCAACAAGUGAUAAAAUGGGAUCAAAACAAGUUUCAUAAUUCUGUCAAAUGAGAUUGCUCCUCUGGAUACUGAUCUCUCGUUCCUGGGUGGGUGUGGUUUCGAUUCUUCCCCGCCGAUGACCUUCUGACCUCUGAGGAAUCAUUCGCCACAGGGAGGAGGUGGUGGGGAGGUUUGACGUAACCAUGGCGAUCGCGGUGCGGUGGGUGCUCUCCAUUUGGAAUCCCUGGGUGGUCUAAUCCGUUGACUUCGUGGGUGUAAUAGUCCAGACUCGGGGGGUUGUUAGCAGGAUUGGCCGAAAUACUCCGACGAUGAUGUCGUCUCUUGGAUUUGGGGAAUUCCCCAAGGUUCUCGACCGGCCUCCCAAUCACUCUAGAGUGGAUGGGAGAAAUGACCUUUGCCCCAGCUGGGUCCGGAAGUGGAGAAAUAACUGCACUCUGACGAGGUGAAACGGCGCGACUUCCGUGCGGCGAUACCGUCGUACUUCCAAAUGGCGAUGUUCCCGUACUUCCAUAGGGGGAGACCCUCCUAUUAGCAUACCCUGAUCCAGCCCUACUCCCGUAUGGCGAAAUCCUUGUUCCGUCGUGCCCCCAGGCCUC